AUGGCCGACGCAAAUACCGGCCCCCCACGCCGCUCCAAGCGACCGGCUGCCGCCAUUUCCCCAGUCAAACCCCAAGACGCAACAACACCGUCAAGGCAGAGACUCAAGAAGAAAGCACGUUUCUCGGAGCCCAUUCCAUCACAUGAUACAACCGGCCUCACACCAGCUGUUGGAAAAGCCUCGCUGAAAACACCCAAGCGAAGAGUAUCAACUCCGGCAAUUACCAGAUUCCGGGACCACGAUGAAGUUCAGUUCACCCCGUUCCGGGAAGAACUUUCAGCUCGGACGAAGCGACAGAUUAGACGAAUUGGCCUGAGCGAUGAGCAGAAUCAAUUCUACGCCGAGAAGAGAUCCAAAGCCGAGCUGCAACGCCUACUCGAUCAGAAGAACAAGGAGCUGCAGGUCCUCCAGGAUAAACUGGAGGAAUCUAAGCUUCCUCAGGCGUCUUUGGUCGAACCUGAUAUCCCCGACAGUCAGCUUCGAAUCAGCCAACUUGAGGCGGAGGUAGCAGAGUUGACACAGAGAUCUAACAACGAGACACCCAUCUUCCAGAGCGGCUCGUCAGACUUUGGCGACGAUUGUGGCUUCCAAAUUUACGAAGACGAUGCAAAUGAUGACGAAAACCAUGUUCCUGGUUCAGAAGACGACGCAACAGUGGAUCUGGAGUUGAAAACUGCGCGUCAAGCAAAGGAGGCCAUGUUCCGCUCAAGCCAAAGCUUUUCGAAUAGGGCUGUCCAGUUCGAAGACUCGCCUGCGCGCUCCUCGACCUCGACUGGAAACAUUCCAGCCGCACCUACACAGUCUGUUCACGAUAUGUCGAAGGAGUUAAACGCAGUCAUCAACCGUGCUGAAGAGGCUGAGGUUGCUCUUCAAGCUAUGACCACUGAGAUCAAAUCCUUGGGCUUCCCUUGCAACGGCGAUGACGGUGCAGAGUGCCUCUCCGCCAUCAAGAUCCACUUCCAUGACAUGCGGUUUGAAUUCGAGCGUACUGUGCCUGGAGAAUCGACCAUAUCCUUCAACAAUCCCCGCCUAAUGCCCGAGAUGCUUAACAAGCUCAAACUCGUCUCAGCACAGAGCCGCGACCGCGAAGCCGAAUUAAGAUCCAUGCAUGAACAACAACGUUCUUUGAAGGGCAACUUCGACCAUGCCUUGAUCGCCGCAGAGAAAGCAACCGCCCGAAUCAAAGAACUCGAGGAUGCAAUGGACAAGAAUGCGGAAGAAAUGCUCGAGCAGCGCAUGCGAUGUCAGGCCACAGAGCGGGAGGCUAGAGAGCACGAGCAGAACAACAAGGCCCUGAUUGUGGCAAUUGAAAAGUACAGAAAAGAAGUCAAGCAUUUGGAGGCGCUGGUCGAGUUGAUCGAGAGGGAACAGGCCUCUCGCCUGCAGGACGUGCGAACCGCCACCACCGCAGAGUUUUCUCAACAACUCUCAGACAUGGACGCAAAGGUUGUUGCAGAAACCCGUGGCCGUAGAGCGGCUGAAGACUCCGCAGUUGAGCGCCUUCGGAAGAUCAAUGAACUGGAAGCCGCACUCUCCGCGGCAAGACAACAAUCCGAAGACGUGGAGGAACAGCUACAAUCUCUCCGAACCCAAUUCGCGGCAGCGGGACGGGCACACGAAGAAGUGGUCGAUGGGUUGACCUCCCGAGUCUCCGGCCUGACUAGUGAACUCACUGUCGUUAAUGCGCGAAUCGAUAAAUUGACCAAAGACCGCCGUCAGCUGCAACGUCUCUACAGACAACAAGUUGAAGAUAGCGAGGAGUUUGCGGAGCAACAGCACAAGAACUUCUUUCUCAUGGCGAAGCAGAGCAUGGAGGACAAGAAGACGUUCAUGCGCUCUAGUAAGAUUCGCUUUGCGAAUUGGGAACUCGAGAGCGAACAAGAUGAUCUCCCUUCCGAUCCCGUUGGCCCAAUGACUCCUAGCUCCAUGGUCCGAUUCAGUGAGUUCUCCGAGGUGGAGGAUGACGAUCGCAGCCCGCGCGGGCUCUCGAACGACAGUGAUGACCACAUCGAAGGACAAGUUGAGAUCUCGAGGGGAAAGAGGCAUCGGAGACAUUCGUCACUAACUAUACCUGCCAGUUCGCCAUUCUUGGGUAGAGGCAUCCUCAAGAAGAAGCCUCGAAGACGGUAUGAUAGUGGGAUCGGCAUGGACAGUUUGAGCGAGGCUGAGGACGAGCGUGAAGGUGUGAUGACACCGGAGUUGAGUUCAGACAGGGAUGUCGAGAUCGAGGUUGAGAUCGAGGAUGAAGCUCUUGUGUGA